GCCGCGAAAACGGUUGAAAGAAAGAUGCGGUGUGUUUGUAGAAAUUAAAUCUCAUCAAAAAAAGAACCGCUUAAUAUUCGCUUUUAAAAUGAUCAUGCGAGAGUAACUGAAGUUCCGACCGUUGUGUUUGCGUUGCAACACAAUCAUCGGCUCCACUUGCGAGAAAUUUAAAUCCGCACUCGACGUCAACGAGGCAAAAAGAUUUGCUACCGCAAAGAAAACUUUUGCGCGUGUCGCGAAUGCACCUUCGUCGGCAAAUAAUUUAAAAACAAAAAAAUCUUAAAUCUCUUUUCUAAACGAAAAGAAAAUCGAAAAAAAAAAACGCGAUUGACGUAAUUUAUUUAUUAUUUUGGCGCGAGUGGUGGCAGUGCGCGUCUUUCAACGACGAUUGCGAAAAUUCGCGGAUUUAAAAUUUAAUUGGAUUUGGGCGCCGGAUAAAUAUUUAUUUUUCACGAUCGAAGUUACGCUAUUGAAAUCUGCGACCCGGGCGCACACACGCGUAAAGGAUGAAUGUGUCGGCUAGUGAUCUCGCUGAAGGCGAUAGGUAAAUUCGAAUGAUUCGGAGCGUCUUUGACGGGAAAAAUGUCGCGCGCGACGCGUCGCGGGUGAACAUGUCGCGGAGACGGUGAAGUAUAUGAGAAAGAGAGAAGUGACGACGUGCCGCCGAUGAUACUCGGCUCGGAGGAGGAAGCCAAUUUGGAUCGAGGCCAAGUCUGAGGGAAUUUCGUUCGCGAACAUGGAGGAAGAAGAGUGUCUCGGCGACGACGCUGGUGUUAAGGAACUUCGGGAAUUACAGGACAAGUACGAGGGGAAGCUGACUGCGUCUCUCUACACGGGAACGUUCUGCGUUGCCGCUGUCGCUUCGCUUAUCGCUCUCGGUGCUUUGUGCAUUACCGACUAUUAUCUGUUCAACGUAAUCGAUCUCGUAUCUGUGUCGGUAUUGACGACCAUGUUCGUCACCUCUUUGACACUUUUGGUGAUCAUCCAAUUGCCCACGACCAUGACAUCCAAACGAUCGAGGAUUUUCAUAGGUCUAACAUCCUCCGUUACUCUCGGUCUAGGAAUUCUAAUAUUAAGAGGCGUUCUACCCUUGUUCGCAUGCAUCCUAUCAAUAAUCGCCGUUUUGCCUAAGAUGAGGUGGCAAAUUCCGCUCAUCAUCGGUUUCAUCCUGACGCUCGCGCACGUAUCAAGAAGACUCAUCUCCGAAGAUUUGUCGAAUUAUUACGUCGUGAUUCAGAUUCUUGUGGAAGCCGUGUUUCUUCUGGCUGCUAUUCUCGCAGGCACGUACUAUAGAAUACUGACGGCGACGGCACAUCGCAAAACAUUUUCCGGCACGAAGACGGUGAUCGAGUCGCGAAUUAAGCUCGAAUGCGAGAGGGAGCAGCAGGAGCAAUUAUUGCUGAGCGUGAUUCCUGCCUACAUCGCAGCGGAGGUAAAAAGAAGUAUUAUGCUGAAAAUGGCGGAUGCUUGUCAGGAAGCUAAUAAGCAUAAGCAAACCACGUUCCAGGAGAUGUAUGUACAGCGACAUAAUAACGUUAGCAUUCUUUAUGCGGAUAUUGUCAACUUCACGCCAUUAUCGGAGCAACUUUCCGCUUCUGAUCUCGUGAAGACACUCAACGAACUCUUCGGUCGAUUCGAUCAAAUAGCACAGGAUAAUCAAUGCAUGAGAAUCAAGAUAUUGGGCGAUUGUUAUUAUUGUGUUUCCGGGUUACCGGUUUCUCGCCCAAAUCAUGCUUACAACUGCGUGAACAUGGGACUGCAAAUGAUCGACGCCAUCAGAUUUGUCCGCGAGGCCACCGGCUUCAACGUCGACAUGAGAAUAGGAAUUCACACGGGGAAUGUGCUGUGCGGAGUCCUCGGUCUACGGAAAUGGCAAUUCGACGUGUGGAGUGACGACGUGACCCUUGCCAAUCACAUGGAGAGCGGCGGUCUGCCAGGACGAGUUCACAUAACAAAGGCCACACUAUUGCAACUGGGUGAUCGGUUUGAAGUCGAGCCAGGCGAUGGAGAAUCCCGGGAAAGUUAUCUUGCUCAGCACAAAGUGGAGACUUUUCUUAUUGUGCCGUCUAAGAAAAAUCGAGAGGAAAAUGGAAUGGAAAACGGCGGAAAUCGUAUACACGGACCUGGACCGAUACCCUCCAGAUCGAGGCCUAGUAGCAAAAUGACAAAAUACGUGGAGUGCUGGGGAGCGGACAAGCCUUUUGCCAAUAUAGCGGAAGCAACAUUAGCAAAGAAUAUUGGCUUAACAAGCAUUGCAAUGAUCGAAUCAAAUCUUUUGGCGAAUAAUACCAACUGCUUCGAUGUACAACAAUGGUGCGGCGGAAGUGAAGAGAUUUCACCUUUCACUUAUAACUUUAAAGACAAGAAUCAGGAACAACUGUAUCAAGAGCAAAGGGAUGAGCAAUACCCUUGGUACGUCGUAGCCUCCAACGUCGUUUACAUGAUGAUGUUCUGCAUCCAGAUUAUUUACUUACCAAGAAGCAUCGCGGUUUACGGUUGCUUCGCAGCCGGUUUAGCAUCUUUGAUUAUAUUUUUUAUGGUUUCGUGGCUCAGUGGAAGAAGCAGCGACGGUACCGAAGAAACCACGAAUCAAAUUGCUCUUAGUCGUAGUGUGAGAAUUUCAGUAUACUUGAUAUCGGCCGUACUUGCUAUCGCAUCAUCAGUAAUCAGUUUGGUCGAAGUCGAUCAAGUCGCUGGAUCCGACAUCGUACCACUGUACUUGUAUUCUCCGGUAAUAGCGUUGGUAGUCGGUUGGACACAUUUGAGAGUCGGUUUCCUGUUAAAAUUGCUCGUAAUGCUGCUGUCAGUUGUUGUGAUACUUUUAGUUUUCUCUCAAGCACCUGUCAUCCAAUUGUAUUACAACGAUCCCAAUUCCAAGUUUUACGGCGUCCAUUAUCUGAUGCAAGUGGGCUAUUUGCUGGCGCUCGUCAGUUUGAUACUACAUAUUCUCGACCGACAAGUGGAAUACACGUCCAGAACGGACAUUUUGUGGAAAAGUAAGCUGCGAGUCGAGCAAGAUGAGGUUGAAACCAUGAGAGGCAUCAAUAAAAUCCUCUUGGAAAAUAUACUUCCGGCGCAUGUAGCUGAUCACUUUUUAGCCACCAGGACUACGCAGCAGGAACUUUAUCACGAGCGAUAUAGCAGCAUUGCCGUAAUGUUCGCGUCGAUUCCGAACUAUAAAGAGUUUUACGACGAAACCGAUAUAAACAAGCAAGGUCUCGAGUGUCUGCGUCUACUUAACGAAAUCAUUUGUGACUUCGACAAGCUUUUGCUUAAACCGAAAUUCUCAGGGAUCGAGAAGAUCAAGACGAUAGGCAGUACUUACAUGCUGGCGUCAGGCCUAAGCCCGGGAAAGGAGGACAGUGAUAACAAGGAUUUGUUGAAGCAACAAGAUCAUAACGUAAUCGUGCUUGUCGAGUUCGCUAUUGCGCUCAUGGCGAUUCUGGAUCAGAUCAAUAGGGAUUCGUUUCAAAGAUUCAAAUUGAGGAUAGGCUUGAAUCACGGCCCAGUAAUAGCGGGCGUCGUGGGCGCCCAAAAGCCGCAAUACGAUAUUUGGGGAAAUACGGUGAACGUGGCCUCGAGAAUGGACAGUUGCGGCGAAAUGGGUAAGCUACAAGUUACCGAGGACACUGCCAAGAUCCUCAUGGAUGCUGGAUACGAGCUCGUUUGCCGUGGGCCGACGUACGUUAAGGGCAAGGGGACUCUCACUACGUACUUCGUAAAAACACCCUUCGAUGAUAAGGAGGACAACUAUUAAAAUCGAGUUCCGCGAAUCCAGAAACUGACUUGAGCAAUCAAACUUCACUUUGCGAUCGAAAAAAUAAUCUUUUUCACGAUAUUAUUUAGUGAGUCUAAAAACGGAGAAAUGUGUGGCGGAACACGGCGAAGAAUAAUGUGAAAAAUAGGAUUUUACUUAAGCCACUUGUGAAUAUGAAACGAAUGUCUGCCAAAUCGUCGAUUCUCUAAACUUUUAAAUGAUCUACCUGUCGAUGUGCAAUCUUUGUGGAUGUUAGGUUGUAACUUGCAAAUAAAGUUUAACGAAGAGAAAUAAUAUGGCCGAUAUUCGCAAUUCAAUUUUAAAUACAAAAUUCAAUCGCGAAUUGCCGGCUCGUUGCGACGUCAGGAAAGUAAUGUUUUUUCAAAACUUGUCAUGACACUUGAAAGACAGAUAUAAAAAACGUAAUCGAUAAAUAUUACUUCGUGCUUGUCAUUUAAUGUGUAACGGAAUGAGUAAUUGGCAUGAAAAAAAAAAAAAAAA